AACACUAUUAUAAUAGCCAAAAGCUUUUAGGCAAUUUAUCAAGGCAUUGCAAAAGUAAUUGCGAAUCACGUUCAAAAAGACAGUAGAUUGUUUUGUUUUGGAUCAUAUUAUAAUUCUGUAUUAACUACAGUCAUACAGUAGAAGGUACCCCAUCAUCAUCAGCCCAUUCUACAAUGGGGCAAUUAGUCAAAUUUUUCAACUUUGCUUUUAUUUUGUGCCUUGUUUUUCCCUUUACCGUGUGGGCUGAAGACUACGCUGAGGACGAUGGUCUGAUUCUGUCUGUGACUCUUCAAGAUGAUACCCAACCAGAAUCUGGAACUGAACCAACUGCAGAUUUUCUCAGGUGUAAUAAGGACGCAUGGCGAAUGCCUGGGCAGUAUAUUGUUGUAAUGCGCGAAGGCACUCACGAGUCUCAAAUGGAGCGCACGAAGCGGAGGCUCUUGGCACGCGCGGCCAAACACGGACACCUUAUAGAAGUCCUUCAGACCUUCUCGGGAGCUUUCCGUGGAUUUCUUGUCAAGAUGAGCAGCGAUGUGCUUCACCUGGCAGUCAGGCUGCCGCACGUGGACUACAUCGAGGAAGACUCUUCCAUCUUCGCGCAGGGCAUUCCGUGGAAUCUUGACCGGAUUGUACAGACAGAACACACUGCUGGAAAGUACAGCCCACCAAAUAACGGUGGGCAGGUGGAGGUGUACCUCCUGGACACCAGUAUUCUAAGUAGUCACAGAGAGCUCGAGGGGCGGGUCCAGGUCACUGACUUUAACAACGUUCCAGAGGAGGACGGCGUCCAGAUCAAUCGACAGGCCAGCACGUGCGAGAGUCACGGCACCCACACAGCCGGAAUCGUUAAUGGCAGGGAUUCGGGCGUGGCCAGGGGGGCCAUUGUGAACAGCGUCCGUGUGCUGAACUGCCAGGGGAAGGGCACUGUGUCCGGGGCUCUUUCGGCCCUGGAGUACAUCCGCACAACCCUGCUGGCCCAACCGUACAGGCCCCUGGUUGUGCUGCUGCCCUUCGUGAGCGGGUUCAGUCGAACCCUGAAUACCGCCUGCCGAGAGACGGUGCGCAACGGCGGGGUGGUCAUCGCCGCGGCAGGAAAUGACCACGAAGACGCCUGCCUCUACUCGCCCGCGUCUGAACCACAGGUGAUCACUGUGGGUGCCACAAACUUCGAAGACCAGCCGGUGAGCAGGACCAACUAUGGCCGCUGUGUUGACCUCUUCGCUCCCGGAGAUGACAUCAUCAGCGCCUCCAGUGACUGUCCCACGUGUUUCACUGCCAACAGUGGCACGUCACAGGCAGCUGCCCAUGUGGCCGGGAUAGCUGCUGUGCUCCUCAACUCUAACCCCAACCUCACAUCCACCGAGGUCCUGCAGCGGCUACUGCUGCACUCUGUCAAGCACGCCAUGGACCUCAGUGCCUUCCCCGAGGAGCAUCGUCUGACCACUCCCAACAUGGUGGCCGCGCUGCCCACCUCCACGUCCGAAGGAGAGGAGUUACUGUGCAGGUCGGUCUGGUCGGAGAAGUCUGGCACCUCAUCUUCGGACACUGCGGGGGCCCGCUGCGGACCUGGAGAAGAGAUGUUCAGCUGCUCCAGCUUCUCCCCCAACGGUGUCCGUGCGGGAGAAACCAUUUCUGAGCGAGAGGGCCAGCAGGAGUGCAUCGCCCAUAACGGACCUGGCGGACAAGGGGCUCACGCCAUCGCCCGCUGCUGCAUUUGGGCCAGCGCAGAGUGCCAGGCCAGUGCCUCCGAGCAGCAGGGCACAGCGGUGGCAUGCCCCAGCCCAGACCACCACCUCACAGGCUGCAGCUCCCACUCGGUCUCCGGGGGAACGGCCGACUCCACGCGGCCCCUCCACGGUGUCAGGAACGCGGCGUGCUCCAGCGGGGAGGGCGCCAAAUCGCACGCCUCCUGCUGCCGGGCUCCCAGCCUGCAGUGCCAGCUGAAGGAGCACGCGCCGCCUGGCUUCAACGAGCUGGUGGAGGUGUCCUGCGAGGCGGGCUGGACCCUGACGGGCUGCAGCACCCUGUCCCGCGGCUCCCUCACCCACGGGGCCUACGCCAGGGGGAACACCUGCGUGGUGACGAGCUCCGGGGGCGGUGAGGGGGCCGAGGCCUUCGCCAUCUGCUGCCGCCACGCCCGGUCCCAGAAGCGCACCGGGAGCAACCAUAAAUAAUCUCCAGCGCCAGAGCCCCGGCCCGUCGGCCCCUGCUUUUAGAGGGCCCUCUCGUUGCACUCAGCUCUUCCUUUAUGAUAUAUAUUUUAUACAUGGAUUCCCGUCAGGCCACUUUCCAGCGUUAUCGCUAAACGUUUAAAGUACACUCGGAGACGAGAAGAGAUCGCCUGCCUGUCCUGGCAGCUUCCCGUUAUCCACUCCGUUUGAGUAACGGACUUUUGAAACAGAAUAAGGUACGAGGCAGUUCACCGGCUCCGCAGUCACAGUGGUUCUGAAAGUACGACGUGACACGUUCCAAUUGGCAAGUAACUACGUUGUUGCGCAACGGCAGCCAUUUUGUGUAAUGGCCAUACAAUCUGACCUUCCCACAGCCUCGGGAGUUUACAUGUAGCCACGUUGUCAACGGUUACCAUUUACAGUUCAGCUGUCGUCUUAGUAAAUUCAGCUACACUUCACCUGAUGUCAAUCAUACUUUCUUCCAAUAAAAAGUCCAGAAUUAUAUGUCCAAAUUAGAGUGGCUGAACGUUUGAUUAGAAUAAUGAACCACAGCUAAGAUGUCCCUUAUUAAAGCUUCUGAACUCUUGAUGAGGGGUUAAAUUGUGACACCAUUUCAAGGAUCAAGGUGCCCCUGCAUUUCCUCCCGAAUGCUUUAAUUCCAGUGCAGAUGAACCAAUAGUGCCUAAUACAGGGUUCACCAUUUUUCCCACCGAGCCUACUGUAUUCAUUUAUGCAUGCAGGUAACACUGUAUCAAAAUGUAUUAUGAACCAAAGUAUUUUAAAUGCACUUGUAUAUAUUUGUACUCAUCAAAUGGCAUUUUUACAAUAAAAAGCCUUUUUAAAAAUG